CCUCUUCGCCGGCCUCCGCCGCCGGUCUGGUGUUAAAAGCGACGGGGCUGCCAGGCCCCUCCCCCUGGCCACAUGGAUCCCUCCGCCCCGGAGCCCCGAGCGGAAGCCGCCGGCAAAGACAUAUGGCACCCAGGAGAAAGAUGUCUCGCUCCUUCUCCAGAUAAUGAAAAACUUUGUGAAGCGAGCAUAAAAUCUAUCGCAGUGGAUGAAAAUGGGAAGUCAUUUGCAAUCAUCUUAUAUUCAGAUUUUCAAGAAAGGAAAGUACCUCUUAAACGACUUCAGGAAGUAAAAUCUGUUAAAGAUUGCUCCAGGAAUUUCAUAUUUGAUGAUGAGGAUUUAGAAAAACCUUAUUUCCCAGACCGAAAAUUUCCAUCAUCUGCUGUUGCUUUUCAGUUAUCUGACAAUGGAGACUCUAUUCCUUAUACUAUUAAUAGGUACUUGAGAGACUAUCAAAGGGAAGGAGCCCAGUUUCUUUAUGGACACUUCAUCCAAGGAAGAGGGUGUAUUCUUGGUGAUGAUAUGGGACUUGGAAAAACAGUACAGGUUAUUUCGUUUUUGGCUGCAGUUUUGCAUAAAAAGGGAACUCGUGAGGAUAUUGAAAAUAACAUGCCAGAGUUUUUACUAAGAAGUCUGAAAAAGGAACCUCAGUCUUCUAUAGCAAAAAAGAUGUUCUUAAUAGUUGCUCCUCUUUCUGUCCUCUACAACUGGAGGGAUGAAUUGGACACCUGGGGCUAUUUCAGAGUCUCUGUUUUACAUGGUAACAAAAAAGACAAUGAACUGAUUCGUGUAAAGCAGAGGAAAUGUGAAAUUGCUCUAACAACUUAUGAAACACUGCGCUUAUGUCUGGAUGAACUUAACAGUUUGGAAUGGUCAGCUGUCGUUGUGGAUGAAGCUCAUAGAAUCAAGAAUCCAAAGGCUAGAGUCACAGAAGUUUUGAAGGCUUUAAAGUGUGAAGUUCGCAUUGGCCUCACAGGAACCAUCCUUCAGAACAACAUGAAGGAGCUGUGGUGUGUUAUGGACUGGGCUGUGCCAGGACUUUUAGGUAGCAGGAUCCACUUCAAGAAGCAGUUUUCUGACCCAGUAGAGCAUGGUCAGAGACACACAGCAACGAAAAGAGAACUAGCUACUGGCCGGAAGGCCAUGCUAAGGCUCGCAAAAAGGAUGUCCGGAUGGUUUCUCAGGCGUACCAAGACUCUCAUCAAGGAUCAGCUGCCUAAGAAGGAAGACAGGAUGGUCUACUGUUCCCUGACAGACUUUCAGAAAGCUGUCUACCAAACGGUGUUAGAGUCUGAAGAUGUGGCUUUGAUACUUAAAUCUUCUGAGCCCUGUACCUGCAGCAGUGGCCGAAAGAGGAGAAACUGCUGUUACAAGACCAACUCACAUGGUGAAACAGUGAAAACCUUGUAUUUCAGUUACCUCGCGGUCCUUCAGAAGGCAGCUAACCACGUCUCGCUACUGCAGGCCGCCAGCACCUCCAAACAACAGGAAACACUCAUCAAAAGGAUAUGUGACCAGGUAUUUUCCAGAUUCCCAGAUUUUGUGCAGAAAAGCAAAGAUGCAGCCUUUGAAACACUUUCUGACCCAAAAUACAGUGGAAAAAUGAAGGUCCUUCAGCAGCUUUUAAAUCACUGCAGGAGGAACAAAGAUAAAGUUCUUCUCUUCUCCUUCUCCACCAAGUUGCUCGACGUGCUGCAGCAAUACUGCAUGGCCUCUGGACUCGAUUACCGCCGCCUCGACGGAAGCACAAAAUCAGAGGAAAGAAUCAAGAUCGUGAAAGAGUUCAACAGUACGCAAGAUGUUAACAUUUGCCUUGUCUCCACAAUGGCUGGUGGACUAGGCCUCAAUUUUGUUGGUGCCAAUGUUGUUGUAUUAUUUGAUCCUACUUGGAAUCCAGCCAAUGAUCUUCAAGCCAUUGACAGAGCGUAUAGGAUUGGGCAGUGCAGGGAUGUGAAAGUGUUUAGGCUGAUAUCCUUGGGAACUGUGGAGGAGAUCAUGUACCUACGGCAGGUAUACAAGCAGCAACUUCAAUGUGUGGUGGUUGGAAGUGAAAAUGCCAAGCGAUAUUUUGAAGCAGUUCAAGGAUCAAAAGAGCACCGAGGAGAGCUUUUUGGAGUCUAUAAUCUCUUCAAACUGAGGCCCCAAGGAUCUUGUCUUACAAAGGACAUCCUGGAGAGAGAAGGUCAAGUGGAAGCAGGGGUCAUGACAGCCACAACAUGGUUGAAAGAGGAACCUCAAGAACACAAACCAGAAACACCUAGAGAGCCUGACUGUCAAGAGCACAGGGGUGCAGAACAACCUGCAGAACCACUGGCCAAAGAAGCAGGUGGUCUAUGCAGUGAUCUCAGUGAUGAAGAAUCCGUGGACAACUCAAGAGUAAAGUCAGCUAAAGGCAAAGCAUCUGACUCAAGUAAAGCUUCCAGUUCUGGACAGCUUUCCUUACUCCAGUGUGGUUUCUCCAAAUUGCUCGAGACAAAAUGUAAAGCAGUUGAUGAUAGUGAUGAAAAUACUGCAUCUGAUGAUGAAAGUCCUGAUGAACAGCCCACGUGCCUUUCAGCAGAAGCCAAAGAUGUUGGUUGUCAGAAAACUCAAGCCUCUCGUGGUGCUUCCAAACAGAAGUCAGCUGACAUCCCAAAUCCAGAUGAAAAAUGUAUAUUUGAUAAAAGUGAAAAGAUUUUAGAGCAGACUGUUUCUUCUGAGUCUGAUGAUAACAAAGAUUUUACAAAUACAACUGACCAGCAUUGCAUUUUACAGAAUGCCACAGAAUCAGAAGACAGUGAUGUCAUCCUUCCCACACAAUAUACAGCUCAGAAAUUCCCUCAGAGUAGUGUAAAGUUUAAGCCACCCGGGGACAGAUCUGAAGAUUCUGAAACAGAAGACCUUGUAAACAUAACAAACAAUGGCGAUGAUAGAAAAACCGAUGUCAGAAGAAGUGGACUAGUUUCAAAACAAUUAAAUCCUAAGGAUGCAACCCUGAAAUCUAUUAUGAAAAGAAAAGGUGGUAGUGAUAUUAGCGAUGAGUCCGAUGACAUUGACAUUUCCUCCAAGCCCAUGGUAAGAAAACAAAGAUCUACUAGUUCUUUGAGGUUCAAGAGAAAAAAGAAAAAUAAAAGGGAACUUGACACUUUUUCUAAAACAAUGAAGGGAGCAAACCAGCUGAACGCAACAGGUGAAUGUUGUGGCUCCCAGGCUAUUGAUGAAUUUUCAUCCGACGACGACAAUUCUUCUGUUAGCCACGUAGGCUUCUCUCAACAGAGACGUAGACCAAAAGCUGUUAAAGAUGGAAUUGGUUUCUCUCUGAAAUUACCCGGCCAUAAGGAAAAUAGCACUUUCGUCCCAAGAAAACCAGUGAAAUUUUCAAAUGAGUUUGUUGUCAAUCAAGAGCAGAUAUAUGAAUCAAUGGAUAAAUUUUUAGAUGGGGUUCAGGAAGUGGCUUACAUCCACUCAAACCAGAAGGUGAUCGGAUCGAGCAAAGCCGAGAACCACCUGAGCCGGUGGGCAGCACGUGAGGUAUUUGAACUGAAGCAGUUUUCCCAGCUUCCUGCUAAUAUAGCCGUUUGCACUUCUAAGACAUAUAAAGACAAAAUGAAGGCAGAUACAUCGACACCUACAAAGCAAGCUCAACAACCAAGUGAAGGAGGCAUUUCAAGUCCCCUUUACAUUUCACACCCUGUGAGCCAGAAGAAGAAAAAAGUCUACCGUACAGACCAGACCACCUUCAUAAUUGGAGAAACACCAAAAGGGAUUCGCAGAAAACAAUUUGAAGAAAUGGCUUCUUAUUUUAAUUCGUCUUCUGUAAAGGAAUUUGCUCAACAUAUAACUAAUGCCACAUCAGAAGAACGACAGAAAAUGCUUAGAGAUUUUUAUGCUUCUCAGUAUCCAGAGGUAAAAGAUUUUUUUGUAGAUCCUGCUGCAGAAGUCAUUAAACCUGCCCAUGAGGAAGGAAAGAGAGUCAGGAAGAAGUCUGAAAAGAGAGCAUCUUUUCUAAAAGAAAGGCUGCCAGAUUCCAAACCUUUGUCAUUUAAAGAUUCUACCAAAAAACUUUCUCACAUUUGCAGUGCAAAAAUAUAUAAAGAAAGAUCAACUAAGCCUCAGAGUCAUGGUUUCCAUGGAGAAGAGGCGCUUUCUAAUGCAGCAGAGGCUCAGAAAUUACCCACAGGCUCCUCCCAAGAGGCUGAGAGUGAAACAGGCGCUGCAGGGCCCAGUCCCCUGAGCAGCAAGCCUGAGGCAUCUGAGAAAAAGCUAGAACACACCAGGGGAGGCCAGCAGAACCGCACAAGAACGGGCGCCUCAGGGAGCGAACCCCUUUUCCAAGUGGAAAACAGAAGGCUACAGAGCCCAGGGUUAGAAAAGGCUUCUGUGGCAGGCCUACUCGGGGACACCUCCAUUCUCGAUGACCUCUUCAAAAGUCACAGGGACAGUCCCACACGGCCGCCAAAGAAAAUUCUUUCAGGGCCCAUGGAAAAAGCAAAACAGAGACCGAAAGAUUUCUGGGACAUCCUGAAUGAGCCGAAUGACGACAGUCUCAGCAGACUCACCGACUUGGCAGUGAUCGAGACUCUGUGUGAGAAGGUGCCCCGGGCUGCACCCUCCAGAAGGAGAGAGGAUCUAGAAACUUCCCUGUGGAAAUCAAACGAGAACUUUUUGUGGAAAAAAUGUGAUUCAGGUGAUACAGAUGAAAACACAACCAAUACGCAAGAAUAAUAUAUAAACGUGCAAGUGAAUCACUACACUGUGAGCUGCUGUCAUCAGUGUUUGCAGCACCGUGUCCCACGCUGAGUAUGUUGACUCAAACACACUUGUCAACAUAUAUUUUUAUUAAAUUCUUGCUCUAGGGUUGUUUUUUAAGUCUAAAAUGUUAUGUAUUUCUCUCCUUGACACCUUAUUGGAUCUUUUUAAAAAUAUGAUUUUAUUUAUAGAAUAAAAAUAUGAUUUUAUUCCAUUAACCUCUUAUGGAAUAGAAAAGAUUCUGUAUUUAUCAGACCUGGGGCAUCUCCCUUGCUGAGCAAUAAUGUGACCUUAGAUAAGUCACUUACCCUGGUGUACAGCAUUUCCUAAUAUGAAAGAUGAAGUGUUUGAACUUGAUCAACUUGAGCACACUUCUAGUUUAAAAAGCUUUGUUCACUCUCCCAGAGCCUAUUAAAUCAUAGGUCAAAUUAUGUUCACACCCUCCCCCAAUUCAAGUGUACAUUGGUAUGUUUCUUUCUCAGCCACAUUUGGAAAAUUAUUACAUUAACUGUUUUCCUUUACCCUCAGUAUCAUGUACUACUGUUGUUAAAUUAGGUGACAGUAAUUACUAAAACUAAAUACGUGGUAUUAUGUUCAAAGGUAAGUUUAUAACUGCUCGAAAUCAAAGAGUUAAUGUUGUACAUCUUUACCAUAUGAGAUAUGAUGCUGAAGUAAGAUUAUUAUUACCUUAGCCACAGAAUGCCAAUCUCAACUUUUUAUACAACUCUUAGGAUUUAAUCAGCAUAAAGCUUUGUAUAGUACUUUUGUACUUCUUAAGAAUAAAGAAACGAGUAGAUACUCUGCUUUAUUUGAAA